AUGGAAAGUCUAACAUACAGUGGAAUGCCCCCACUUAGGCAUCAACAGCUUUCUGUACUACAGACUGGUGAUUCCCCCACCAGAGCAAGUUUGCUUGUCUUUAUCGCGGGGAGUCUGUCGAUACCCGGACGGACUUCCGGAGAUAUUGGGGAUCAUUCGGGUCCGGUCACCAUGGAAAACUUCACCGAAAAUGGUAAACCGCGGAAACGUUUUUUCCGAAAAAGAGGAGACCUUGAUGUCAAUAUGACCGAAAAGUCCGUGAUAUUACCGGAUUACAACUCCGACGAAAAAAAAAAAACAAACAAACAAACAAAACAACAAUAG